AUGUCUACCACUAUGGAGACCCUCGCACUCGUUUUCUUUUGUCUUCUACUGGGAAUAACCAUCAUGAUAAUCAUGAUUCUUGUCAAGGAGUGGACAGAGUAUCAAGCUACGCUGUUUUGGCCGAAACUGCGUAGUUCUCGCACUCUCGAUCUGGAAUCGGGCCUGAAUAUACUUGGGGAAGUCAAGGAACUGGCAUGGCGCAUCGAGCAGAUGGAAGCUGACAUUGGUACCAAUCUCAGCCUUGCUGGAUACUUGAUUGAAGAACAAUACCAUGAUCACUCCUCAACUCCUUGA